CUGGGGGGCGGUAGAUAACAGCCAGGUGUAGAGGCAGCGGUGUGACAGACCUCAUAGUAAGCACCUCAAACGAUUUAUAUUUAUUAUUUAUGUUAGGACUAAGGUUAAAGUUUUCGUUGUAUAUUAGUGCGACCCCCCCACCCCCUUUUAAGCGGACGGGCAAUAUGCGCAUGUGUAAAGUUAGGAGGACAUGCCUCAUUUAGCGCAAAAAAGUCGUUUGGUUUAAGCCAGGUUUCGCUGAGACCGAUGACGUUAAGAUUGUUGUCUCUGAUAAUAUCAUUAACUAACAACGUUUUGGGAGACAAUGAUCUUAUGUUUAAAAAACCUAUAUUAUAGGUUGUGGGCUGUUUUAGGGAAUUUUUGAUCAAAUUAUCCGUAGUAGCAAUAUUAAUAAUGUUGUUUUUAUUAUGCCCAGUGCAUUUAGUAUAAUUACGACCAUAUUUAGGAAUUGAUACGACGGGAAUUUUCCGAUUGUUUGAUUGUUGCUUUGAUAAACUGCACGCAUCAUGGUUAGCCACCUCAGUAACGGGGAUUUUCCGAUUGUUUGUUUGUUGCUUUGAUGAACUGCACGCAUCAUAGUUAGCCACCUCGGUAGAACACAUGUCCAACUCUGAAACACUCAAAGCAGAAAAAACUUGUUCUAAUUUAACUGACUCCUUACCCAGACCAGUAGUCUCGCAUCUUCCAUUUAAAUCCGGCUUCAGGAUGGAGGGAAGUGGUGUUCUGUGGGGAUUAGCCUUCUGCUUUGUUUUUAGCCCCGCUCGGCAUCCGCGUUUCCGAUCACACCGCUGGCGUCUGCUCCGUAGACGGCCCCCGCUGCUAUUAUACUCCCCUGCUUCACAGGCCGCUGGAUGUAGCUGCCGAAUUAUUCCCAUGCUAGUUAGUACGUCUAGCAAGCACGCGUCUACCAGUCCAAAACGGCCCGAUAUGUCCACAUCCAGAAGUGUCUGGCGGUCGUACGUGAUCACGGAGUGACCACGAUGUGAGCCAGCCAUAAAGUUUGUAGAAUUGUCCGGUAUUUCUGCCAAAUGUUCCAUCUUUAGCAGGAGCUCCGCGAUGUCGCAGCCCGCCCGGGCGCCGCCAUCUUGGAAUAUGGAAUAUCUUUGAAAAUACGAUCUGAAAAGUGAUAGCAAAGAAGCAGUUAGUGAAGUAAAUAUUAAUAACACAUAAAUGAAAAUUAACUUUAUUACACUACAAAUGGAGCAUUAUAAACAUUAUUAUCUCCAUUAUCAACAAUACAAUUGUUUCAAAUGCAACAAAACAUUCCAGUGUGUGCGAUAGCUAAAGUAUGGUCCCAGCCUAAACCCGACAGCCCAACCCAAAACAGCUGGUGUGUUGCCCAGGGAGCAAGGGACCACCGGCCUCACGCAGCCAAGGAACAGGAACAGCAGAGCCGGGCCCCAUGUGCCACCCAGCGGGGCCUGCAACAAGCCUUAGAUGCGCCCAGCAGAGGACGAGGCACAGGAGAAGCAGGGGACAGCCAUCCCCCCAAGCCAGCUAAAAACCACACCCCAUGCUGGCAGGAAGACGGGACGCCCUGCCCUGAGGGGCCCAGAGACUCCUUACAACCAGACGGGAAGACCGCCCACGCCUUACCAGCACCCAGGCCCACACGAGCCCAAUAUAAAUAUAUAUAAUAUAUGGAUUAUAAAAACAUUUAAUGGAAAUACCUUAUGUCCUAAUUCAGCAAGUGCUGGAAAAUAGAGUACCAGUCAUGGCAAAUAAAUAAAUCAAAUAAAAAGUACUAUAGACCAUACAUUUAAUUUAUUGCCACUUAUAGGUAGUACAAACAGUUCAUACAUUUAUUUCCGGGUUACUCAGUAAAACAUGUUACAUCAGUAAUAAAAAUAAAAGAAAGAGUUGAAUGUACACUGUGAUGUUUAACUGUGUGUAAUCUACAUGUGAAGUAAUGUACCUCCUGAAAGCUUUCCUCUCCCCUUGAGCAAGACUACCUCUGCACUUCAACAAAGGGUAAGUACUUUUAUUUAUUUUUUUAGUUUGUCUUAUUGUUCAGUUUUCUAAUAGAGUUGUGUCAUUUUGCCAAGGACUACAGCAGAACCUGGAUGUAUGACCUUAAUUGGUUGUUGAACGGGGUCUGUAAAUCACAAAGGUCGUAAUGUGAAACACAUUUCUCCAUAAGAAACAAUGUAAAUAUGAAUACUGGGUUCUAGCGACGACAAAAGUCCAUAUUUUAGUGAAGUUUCGUACACUUUGAACACAAUAUCAAAUGCGUACAGUACUUUAUACCAAACAAACAUAACAAGAGGGUGAUGGAUCAACUUUUUUUUUAUUAUCAAGCUAAAACGAGCUAAACGGUGCCAACACACGCGCCUUUGGUGCCCUCACAAACGAUCAGAAAUUACAAAAGUCCUUAUAAGGGGACUGCACUGUUUGGAAGGUAUUUUUACCUAUCGUUAACAAUACAUUUAAAAGACGGGGUGACGGAUGGAUUUAAUUUUUUUAAUGCAUUAUAACUUUUAAAUAAACAUAAAUAAAGGUCAGCUUACAGCAUAGCCAACGGGAUGUCCCCUAUUUUGCCCAUAAAAUCCAAUAAAUAACCAUUCGAAACCCACCAACAAUACUUCAUUUACAUCUUCCAUCCAUCCAUCCAUUUUCUGCCGCUUAUUUCCGUUCGGGGUCGCGGGGGGCGCCGGCGCCUAUCUCAGCUACGAUCGGGCGGAAGGCGGGGUACACCCUGGACAAGUCGCCACCUCAUCGCAGGGCCAACACAGAUAGACAGACAACAUUCACACUCACAUUCACACACUAGGGCCAAUUUAGUGUUGCCAAUCAACCUAUCCCCAGGUGCAUGUCUUUGGAAGUGGGAGGAAGCCGGAGUACCCGGAGGGAACCCACGCAUUCACGGGGAGAACAUGCAAACUCCACACAGAAAGAUCCCGAGCCUGGAUUUGAACCCAGGACUGCAGGACCUUCGUAUUGUGAGGCAGACGCACUAACCCCUCUGCCACCGUGAAGCCCUCAUUCACAUCUUGUGAAUUGAAUAUUAACGAAGUAGUAGUGAUAUUGUUAUUAUGAGCGCUAACGCAGACAAAUUAUUUAUAGCAGCACCGUGAUCAUUAUUUAUGUUUACAUCAAGUGGUCUGCUGCUUCCUUGCCCCCUGAAAGAUUAUUGUGGAUCAUAAACCAUGCAUCUCACCUGGACAGAAGAAGUCUGACGAGGUAUUCCAUAGGGGUGUAACAGUGCACAAACAUGUCGGUUCAGUACGUACCUCGGUUUAGAAGUCACGGUUCGGUUCUUUUCCGGUACAGUAAGAAAACAACAAAAUAUACAUUUUUGGGUUAUUUAUUUACCAAAUAUGUAAACAAUGGCUAUAUCCUUUUAACAUUGGGAACACUAUAAUAUUUCUGUCCACGUUAAUCAACAUUAAACUUCCUCAAGUUAUUGCUCAGAUUAAAUAAAAGGACAAAACUUUUCUUUCUUCUACAUAUAAAAAGUGCAACAUUAAACAGUCCCAAGUCAACUCAUCAUGCUUAAUUUAUUACAGCAUUUGGGAAGCCUGUAGUUGAUUUUUAUUAUGUAAAUGUUAUAUUUGUAUCAACAUGUGAUAGCAGGGACCCUGCCAUUCAAAACUAGGCUGUUACAUUACUAAUGAUUAAUGUAACUAUAGCUGAAAAAAAUAGUACAAUAGCAAUAGGAGAGACUAUUUUCCCUGAACACCAUGGAGUUCGUGUAGGCUUUAUGAUGCAGUUACAUUAUUAUAUCAACUAUCAGAGACAGAAACUCUUCAUUUAACAUAAUGUCCUUUUUUGCUGCUUCAACACAGCUCAAUCAACUCAGAAAAAGGUAAAGCGAAAUAACAGACAGACAGGGCUUUGCUGUCAUAACACACGCACACACACACACAUAUGCGCUCUGAAUAUGCACUGCUGAUUGGCUCUUAUCGCUCUGAAUACGUACUGCUGAUUGGCUGUUACCGCUUUGCGUGUAACCAAUCAGAUGGUUGUGUGGGUGGGACAAUACUGGGUGCUGUGUAGGAGACACAGGCAGAAUGGAGCGGAGCAGCUUGUUAAGACUUAAGUAUAGGCGGCUACUUAAUAUGUUCGUGUGGAAACUCGUUUGGUACACCACCGAACCAAAACCCCCGUACCGAAACGGUUCAAUACAAAUACAUGUACCGUUACACCCCUAGUAUUCCGUCAAUUUGGUACACUUUGACAGCAAUGCACACGGAUUUUUGAAGUUUGUUAAUGGAAAAGUUUUCAAAUAGAGGGACCUGUGCUGUAAAUCGAGGUUCCACUUAAUAUGCAAUAGUGUGCCGCAUGCCAUCCAUCCCUUAACAUUUGAUCAUUUUAUUAAACUGACAAAAAAAAAAGGGAGAGGAAUCAAGGACAGACAGCUUGAUCUAUCCCUGAAAAAUGCAUCACGUCAUACUCCAUGAGAACAGAGGCAGUAAAGGAAAAGGUGCAGAGACUUCAUCGUCCAUCAUUGACUAAUUCCUGACAUAGACGCAGCCAUCCGCUUCUCCUUGUUUGACUCACACAUCGGAACGUCAUUGUUGACCCUCACUCUCCCACACACACAUCCGUCACACACUCAUCCAUCCCUCACUUUUAUGUUCAUACACACAAAAGACACCGUCUAACUUCUUUUGGACACCUCGCCCUUCACUUCUUCUAUUUUCUGUCCUCACGUCCUGCGUCUUCUAUUUGUAUCAGUAACAGGUUGAUCCACGGCCUCUUCUGUAGACAUCCGUUGUUGCGGAAGUUUCAGGAACCCUGCCAAGUCGUGAGUGAUGGUGAUCCCUGGACAGGAAGCCAGAAGACACAAACCUGUCUCAUUCUGUCAGAUGGGUGCAGGAGGCCUGGGGACAGGUUAUAAAAAGACUGUCUACGCUUGAUUCAAGCAUUUUGCCAUGGAUCAGUCUCCACGGAGCAGGCGCUCUUCUGAGCAUAAGUCGAUGACGUCUCUGUGCUGCCGACUUGUCUGCAUACAAGAGGAUCCUUUGCUGUCUCCCACUAUGGUCUAGACUCCCACGUUAUUAACCAUAUCUACUCGGCGUCCAUUGCACAAGUCACCGGGAGGGGAGUCCCCACAUCUGCGGAUCGUUUCCAAGGGUAAGGUAGUGAUGUUGAAGAUGCAAAGUCCUGCUUGGAAAACAUCUUAAUGUCACCUUCUUGGACAACAAGAACACACCUGGAUCUAGAGGGAGUCCAGCCAAAGAACUUUAACUGGACUGCUUUUCCCAUAAGAUGCACAUCUGUGCAUCCCCGUCAGAGUCAGUCAUGGUCAUCACCUUAGCUGCAAACAGCACAGAUCCCUGGACCAUGAUCAACACUUCACUCCCCACACGCGCAGAUGUUUCCAAUUUCAGCAACAAAAGUGGCAUGGAAGCGUAUCUUCAAAUGCUGGCUCAUUUGGACGAAGGACUUUAUAACGACUUCUAUGGACUCUGGAUAGCGCUGAUGGUCAUCAACUCCCUCAUAUUCCUGGUGGGCAUGGUGCUCAACACGUUGGCCCUUUAUGUGUUCUGUUUCCGCACCAAGCAAAAGAGCACGUCUGUGAUCUACACCAUCAACCUGGCCGUGACUGACCUGCUGGUCAAUCUCUCUCUGCCUACGCGCAUCCUGCUUUACUACAGCAGAGGAGCGUGCCUCACCUGCUCCUACUUGCACAUCUUCAGCUACUUUGUGAACAUGUACUGCAGCAUCCUCUUCCUCACCUGCAUAUGUGUGGAUCGCUACCUGGCCAUUGUUCAAGUUGAAGCAUCUCGUCGGUGGCGUAACCCUGGCGUGGCCAAAUAUGUGUGUGUCUCAGUGUGGUUGUUCGCCAUUGUGGUCACCUACUCCUUCCUGUCCACAGCCUUCCAGCAAACAGGCUGCUGCCUCUCCAAGCUCCUUUUCCUCACCAUUACAGAGUUCUUUCUACCCCUCAUCAUCAUUGUGGUGUUCACACUGCGGAUCGUGUGGGCGCUUGCGGAUCCCCGCCUGAUGCAGCAGAGCAGGAAAAGAAGAAAGCGGGCCGUCCAACUGCUGACCACAGUGCUGAUUAUCUUUACAGUGUGCUUCACACCCUUCCACAUACGGCAGGUAGUGGUGUACAUCUACCCUGAUAUGCCUCACCACGCCAUAGUCUACCAUUUGACCGUCACUCUCAGCAGUCUCAACAGUUGCAUGGAUCCAGUGGUCUAUUGCUUUGUCACUAACAAUUUCCAGGCAACUAUGAAAAAUAUUUUUCGGCGUGCAGAGGCAGAGCAAAGCAGCGGGGACAUCAUAAGCAUGCAACACAGCUCCAAGGCCUCAGGAGGGCCCGCUACUGCAGUCCCUAAUAACGUCAUCAUGAUGAGGGUGAUUCCCUCUUCACCUCGGAAAGAUUUGCAAAAAAGUCCUCUUCAUAGUAUAUCCACCAUCACACCAGUAAUUUGAAGCUGUGGCAGUUUUGGACAAAGAUGAACAGAUGCAACCAUCCAUUUUCAGUGAUCCUUGUGAGCUAGAACCCCUCACAGCUGACUUGGGUUUACAUUCACCCCUACAAGCCUACCCUACAGUGUACUGGAAUACCAGGAGAAAACCCACGCAAACAUGAGGACAAUAUGCAAACUCCACACCUUUCCUGAAUAUAGAGCCAAAACAAAUACGUAUUAGGUGCAAUAGAAGUGUUUUUCAAUCUUUUUUAAACCAAGGCACAUUUUUUUCAUAGACAAUAUCCUGAGGCACACCACAAGCACAACUCUUAAAAAAAAAACUUAUUAGCCGAUAUCGACAAUAAAAAGUUGUUCUCGCAA